CGCCUCGUGCACAAUUCUGCUUUUCCCUUUCUUCAAGCCAAGCUUCUAGCCUUCUACACAAGCUCUUCCUCUCUCUGAUCCUUCUCGCCCCAGAGUUCUUUUAACCAUGAUUUCAGUGAGUGUAAAAUGGCAAAAGGAGCUGUUUAAAGAUGUAGAACUUGAUACUUCCCAACCCCCUUAUGUCUUUAAGUGCCAAUUAUAUGAUCUAACUGGGGUCCCUCCUGAAAGGCAAAUUAUGGUCAAGGGUGGUCUAUUGAAGGAUGAUGCUGAUUGGUCAACAUUAGGUGUGAAAGAUGGUCAAAAGCUGAUGAUGAUGGGGACUGCUGAUGAAAUUGUGAAGGUUCCAGAGAAGGGACCUGUUUUCGUUGAAGACCUUCCUGAAGAAGAACAAGUAGUUUCUUUGGGUCACACUGCUGGCCUGUUCAAUUUGGGAAACACUUGUUAUAUGAAUUCAACAUUGCAAUGUCUCCAUUCUGUGCCAGAGUUGAAGUCAGCCUUGAUCAAGUACUCUCAUUCUGGCCGGAGCAAUGAUGUGGAUCAGUCUUCUCAUAUGUUGACUAUUGCAACCCGUGAGUUAUUUAAUGAGCUUGAUAAAAGUGUGAAGCCUGUGGCGCCAAUGCAAUUUUGGAUGGUACUGCGGAAAAAGUAUCCUCAAUUUGGCCAGCUGCAUAAUGGGGUGUUCAUGCAACAGGAUGCUGAAGAAUGUUGGACGCAACUUUUGUACACACUUUCUCAGUCUCUCAGAUCCCCUGGAUCCAGUGAAAAUCCUGAUGAUGUGAAGGCUCUUUUUGGCAUAGACCUUGUUAGCAGGAUACAUUGCCAAGAGAGUAAUGAAGAAAGCUCAGAGGCAGAAUCUGUUUACUCACUUAAAUGCCACAUAUCACAGGAGGUGAACCAUUUGCAUGAAGGACUGAAGCAUGGCCUAAAAUCUGAGUUGGAGAAGGCUUCUGCUGCUUUGGGGCGCAGUGCAAUCUACUUGAAGGAAUCUCGGAUCAAUGCCUUGCCGAAGUACUUGACCAUUCAGUUUGUACGUUUUUUCUGGAAGAGGGAAUCUAACCAGAAGGCUAAGAUUUUGCGGAAAGUGGAUUAUCCUCUUGAGUUGGAUGUUUAUGAUCUUUGUUCGGAAGAUCUACGUAAGAAGUUGGAAGCUCCUCGACAGAUUCUAAGAAAUGAAGAAGGCAAAAGGCUUGGUCUAAAAGUCAAUGAGAAAACCUCAGCUCAAAAAGAAAACGAUGUAAAAGUGUCUGAUACUGAGGGAUCAUCAAAUGCAGGGGGGGAACCGUCUGUAGCUCCAAUGGAGGAAGGUGAAAAAGAAACACAGAUGACUGGAAUUUAUGACUUGGUUGCCGUAUUGACCCACAAGGGUCGGAGUGCUGAUUCAGGACAUUAUGGUGCGUGGGUCAAGCAAGAAAGUGGAAAAUGGAUUGAGUAUGAUGAUGAUAAUCCCAAACCACGAGUGGAAGAAGACAUCACUAAACUAUCUGGAGGAGGUGAUUGGCAUAUGGCGUAUAUAAUCCUGUACAAGGCUCGUGUUGUACCUGUGUAAUGGUUAUGAGGGGGCCUUGUGAUUGUCCUUGAGGAAGCUGAUUGUCAGAGGAGUGGUAUACAAGAUCAUUGUUCGUGUUGUACUUUUUAUAGUUGCGUUGGAUGCUUGUCAGAAGCUUGUCACUUAGAAUUAAUCUUAUUCAAUUAAUUUGGUAUUCUUUUUUAAGUUAAACAAUUGUAUAAAGAUUUGAGUUGAAUUGCUAUCCCAAACCCCUCCGGGCCCUUUUCUCUUCAUGGAAUGUCCCUUCUUUCACGAUCAUCAGAAAUUUGUCAAUUUCUCGCAUGUGGAUUUUGCACAACUAAUCCAAUUCGAAGUUUGAUAAAUAUA